CCUGUCGUCAGAAUGCGAGUCCUAUUUCCUUUCGGCCACCUGCUGCGCAGUUUUCUACUUACCAGCUUGAUAGCGAGCAUCGUCACCUCAGCGUAUCUCGACGCGUUUUUACGCGGCCUGCACUCAAACCUGUUCAAAAGGAGCAUCCCAGGAUCUCUUGCAACAGCGCCUCAAGGCGCGGUAGGCUACUAUCAGCCUCCCCCCGGCCCUGCUGUCACCUAUCCUUACCGGGUCUUGACAACUUCUGCGCCAUCAAAUGAAGAAACAGCGGCAACGACAGUAACGGGUACGAGUAUAUCGACAGAAACCAAGCAGGAGUCAUUGCAAGAUGGGAGUAACGGCAUCAACGAGCCACGAAAGAACAUUGCGAUUAUGUCAGGGACAGUGACAGGAACUCAGGUGAUCAUGGAAGCGACGCAAUCUGCGACGGCAAAAGGGACAUGACCUUAACUUCAGGCGGCUUCUUGCUCUCAAUCCUGCUGGGUAUACUGCAUCUUUGAACAUACUUUCUGUGUCUGAUAUGGGUUUAUGGUCUGUUUUUUUGGCCUUUCGAUCGAAGUCAUUCGCUCACUGGAUUGUGAUUUGUCUGCCUUUUAUUAGCGAUUCCUGUAUCAGCUGUGGAGUUUUUUGCCCAAGUCCAAAAGUUACAAUGUCUGUUUAUAGGAUCAACGAAGACCGUAACCAAGCCGCGGCCUUCAGUACACAGCCUUUCUUAGUGGCCAUAAGAGCAGAAUAUUUGUGCUAGCUCAAAAAUAUGCACACGACACAACUCCGCAUAAUUCAGGAACUCAGUCCUUAUGAUCAGCCAUUAUCACUGGGAUUAGUGCCAAG